UAUGUUUGUGCCUGUGGUUGUGCUUGAAGCUCUGCCUGGGCAGAAGUGGCAGUGGAAAGGGGGAGCCCUACUCAGCCACGGGGUUCAGUGUGGGGCGCCUGCCUGCAGAUACCUCUGCAGCUUAGGCCUGGGACAUCCAGCCACCUUCCCUUCAGCCGCUCCUUCCUGGACCGCAGCCCUGGAGCCUUUCUUCUCCCAGACCCCCAAGGGCCGGGUUGGCGCCCUGCCCACCACCUCCGGCGGCAAGCGCUUCCAGCUCUGGGCCCUAGGACUGUUCUGCACCGAGCGCCACCUGGCCAAGCGCCUUAAGAACAACAGCUUCUACCCGUUCAUCCAACAGCAGCCCAAUGUCUUCGUGCUUGAGUACUACCUGGACACGCUGUGGAAGGGGACACUGCUCUUCGUCGUCUGCCUCCUCCUCGUCAGCUUCGGCUUCGUGAGCCAGGUGCAGAAGCAGGAGACUUGGGGCUUCCCCGCGUGCGGCGUGGUCGUCGGCCUGUGGCUCAUGAUUUCGUCUUUGCCGCGGCGCCGCCUGGUGCUGAACCACACGCGUGGCACGUACCACUUCUCCGUCCAGGGCCGCACCGUGUGCCAGGGCCCCAUGCACCUAGUCUACGUGCGCCUGGCGCUCAGCUCCGACGUUGGUUCUAUGCGGCCACAAGCUGGAGCCGCUGGUGCUGGUGCAGCUGUCGGAACGCUACGAGGUGGGUCUUGCCCCAGUCCACCCUGGGGCCCCUUCCCUCCUUGGUUCCACAGAAGGCCUGCCACUGCUGAGGGUCUUCAGAUGGGCCCAUUUCCCAGGCAGAGUGUGAAUACCACGUGGUCCUUGGCCCAGACUUUAGUGCUGGCAGCUGGUGGAGAGGUGACAGGUCCUCUCGGUCCAGGUGAGAGCUCACCGCCACCCGUUCCCACAGCAAAUGGAAUACUUGGGCCGUCACAUUGCCCGGAAACUCAACAUCAAUUACUUUGACUGCCUGGCCAAGUCGUACAGGCACGUGGUCCGUCACUGGCCGCUGGGGGCCACCUUCAGCCCCGGCAUCGUGCAGCGCAAGACCGGCACUUAUGGCCAA